UUGCUGCCCUCUUCCCUGGCAGUACAAGCAAUAACUCACGUACUCAGCCUCGCGCCUAAACUCUUAAACCCUAAACCCCUCAGAGCUCACAGUUGCGAGAGUUGCCAUGGCGUCCAUGGCUUCCAAAGGGAAUCCACUCUUUUCUACCAUUCCUCAUUUCCUAACUUGGAGAAGCCUCGGCUUUCGUACCAUUUGCUGCGGUCGCAUGGGCUUCGCUUCUCAGUCUCAGCACCAGCUUGAUACGGAUACAACCCUCGCCCGAACCAAGGUUCUUGAAACUUUCAAAGAAGAAUUCGAGAUUGGAUCGCACUUGGUUACGCUGGAAACUGGAAAGAUCGCUCGUUUCGCUAAUGGAGCCGCGGUUUUGGGCAUUGAAGAGACCAAGGUCUUGUCUACCGUUACCUCUGCUAAGGGGGACGCUGUUCGUGAUUUUUUGCCUCUCACGGUGGAUUAUCAAGAGAAGCAAUUUGCACAAGGUGUUAUUCCGGGUACAUUCAUGAGGAGAGAGGGGGCGCCUAAAGAGCGUGAACUAUUAUGUGGCCGCAUUAUAGAUCGUCCUAUUAGGCCAUUAUUUCCCACUGGAUUUUUCCAUGAGGUCCAGGUAAUGGCCAACGUUCUUUCUUCCGAUGGUAAACGAGAUCCAGAUGUUAUGGCAGCUAAUGCAACAUCCGCUGCUCUUAUGUUAUCAGAUAUUCCGUGGGGUGGCCCCAUUGGAGUGAUACGUAUAGGAAGGAUUAAUGGGAAGUUUAUUGUCAACCCGACAAUGGAUGAGCUUAACUUGAGCGAUCUCAACUUAGUAUAUGCCUGUACGAGGGAGAAAACGUUGAUGAUUGAUGUCCAAGCACGUGAAAUCACAGAAAAAGAUCUUGAAGCUGGAUUAAGGUUGGCACAUCCCGAAGCAGUUAAGUUUCUUGAACCUCAAAUCAGACUGGCUGCUAAAGCUGGAAAGCUGAAGAAGGAAUACAAGUUGUCCAUGGUGUCAGAUAGUACAAUGGAGAAAGUUACCAAGUUAGCUGAAUCCCCUAUUGAAGCUGUUUUCACUGACCCCUCUUAUGGCAAGUUUGAACGUGGCGAGGCCUUAGAAAAGAUCACACAAGAUGUAAAGAAAGCAUUUGAAGAAGAAUGCGAUGAAGAAGGCCUGAAGAUUUUGCCAAAAGCAGUAGACUAUGUGAGGAAAAAGGUUAUCCGCAGAAGGAUCAUUGCCGAAGGACUUAGAGUUGAUGGUAGACGUCUUGACGAAGUUAGGCCGUUGUAUUGUGAAUCCAGUUAUUUACCUAUACUUCAUGGGUCAUCAAUUUUUUCUCGAGGAGAUACACAGGUUCUAUGUACUGUUACACUUGGAGCACCAGAAGAUGCUCAACGCUUGGAUUCCCUCGUUGGACCACCAACAAAACGUUUUAUGCUUCACUAUAGCUUCCCCCCAUUUUCAAUUAAUGAAGUGGGAAAACGAGGUGGUUUAAAUAGGCGUGAAGUUGGCCAUGGAACUCUUGCCGAGAAAGCUUUGCUCGCUGUGUUACCUCCUGAAGAUGAAUUUCCAUAUACUGUCCGCAUAACCUCAGAAGUCAUGGCAUCAGAUGGUUCGACAUCAAUGGCAACUGUUUGUGGAGGUAGUAUGGCAUUGAUGGAUGCUGGCAUUCCGUUAAAUGAACACGUGGCUGGUGUUUCAGUGGGCCUUGUUAGUGAAACCGAUCCAUCAACUGGUGCAAUUAAAGAUUACCGUAUCUUGACUGAUAUACUGGGGCUUGAAGAUCAUCUGGGUGACAUGGACUUCAAAGUAGCUGGCACACGAAAAGGAAUUACAGCAAUUCAGUUGGAUAUAAAACCUGCUGGAAUUCCAUUGGACAUAAUAUGCGAGUCCCUAGAGCAUGCACGUAAAGGUCGUUGGCAAAUACUUGAGCACAUGGAGCGUGAGAUUAAUGCACCACAUAUUAAGGAUCCUAAAAACUCUCCUCAAUUAGCUACCUUAAAGUAUGAUAAUGAUGCUAUUCGUCGACUAAUUGGACCUCUUGGUACUUUGAAGAAAAGAGUUGAAGAGGAGACAGGUGCACGCAUAUCGGUAGGUGAUGGUACUCUUACCAUAAUGGCUAAAAAUCAUGCUGUGAUGGAGAAAGUUCUAGAAAAGGUUGAUUUCAUACUUGGCCGUGAGAUUGAAAUUGGAGGAACUUAUAAAUGUAUUGUAACUUCAGUAAAAGAGUAUGGUGCAUUUGUUGAGUUUAAUGGUGGGCAGCAAGGCCUUCUCCACAUCUCAGAGUUGUCACACGAUCCAAUCUCCCGGGUUUCAGAUGUUGUGUCUGUUGGUCAGAAGAUUUCCUUGAGGUGCAUAGGUCAAGACGUCCGUGGUAACAUCAAAUUGUCCCUUAAAGCAACGUUGCCGGGACCAAAAGCCGAAGGUCAGAAUGGAAAUUCUGUUUCUUCUUUGGAAUCAGUUCCUCCAGUUGGAGAAGCAUAUAAGACCCAACAUGAAACUCAGAAUUCUACAUCCAAUACUUCUCUAGUGGACACAAGUGUAGGUAGUGAGGUGAAUCAUACUUUGUCAGUUCACUCGAUGCUUAUUCGAAGUGCUGAUGAUUGUGAUGAGGAAGAAAAAAAAUCUGCUGGUAUGAACUUGAAACCUAAGGAUACUCAAAAACCAAAGACUAAAUCUACACCAAAACGUACGCAGAAGGGUGUAAAUAACAAUAAAGGUAGUGAGGUGAGUCCUACUUUAUCAGUUCCCUCGAUUCUGAUUCGAAGUGCUGAAGAUUGUGAUGAGGAAGAAAAAAAAUCUAAACCGAAGACUACAUCUACACCAAAACGUAUUCAGAAGGGUGUAAAUAACAAUGAAGGUAGUGAGGUGAAUCCUACUUUGUCAGUUCCUUCAAUUCUUAUUCGAAGUGCUGAAGAUUGUGAUGAGGAAGAAAAAAAAUCUGCUGGUUUGAACCUGAAACUUAAGGAUACUCGAAAACUGAAGGCUAGCCAGUCAAAACCCUUUACUCAGAAGGGUGUAAAUAACAAUAAAGUUGAAGUUGAAAGCCCCAUAACUACAAGAAAUCUGAAAAUUGGAAUGAAAGUCAGAGCAAAGAUUUAUCAGGUUCGAGCUCGUGGUUUAGUGCUUGAUUUGGGUGAAGGGGUUCGUGCGAUGUAUCGAUUCGAGGGAGACAACAGGAGCAAUUUUAAGGUUGGGGAUGAGUUGCAUGUUCAGUGUUCGAGCUUUUCGUGCAACGGGAUUCCUGUAAUGUCGUUGGUCGAUAAUAAGUAGUUUGACAUCGCACAUCAGGUUUUAACUUAUUCAAUGUCACUCUGGGAAAUAAAAAGUGAAUCACCUUUGUUGAGGAUUUUGAGAGACUCCUUAGCUUAGAUGUUACAAUCUUUGGCAAUAGCUUUUUAUGUUCAAUAUUGGCAGAAACAACAGGGCUUUGUUCCAAGCAUAUAGAGAUAGAACUGAUGUUCAAUCAUGGCGUCAACCCGUACGGUUCUCAUUCUUUGGUUUGUAAAAGUCGGUUUGUGGUUCUUAUUCUUUGGUUCGUAAAAGUCGGUUUGUGGUUCUCAUUCUUUGGUUCGUAAAAGUUGGUUUGAACUUAAUUAUCUUUUUGCAUCUUCCAGUAGUCAGUUGAAAAUUUAUCACCAAUUUGAUCGUAAUUUUGAAACUAGAUCUUUGGUACAUUUCACAUUUUUUGUUUACCUUUUCUUUAGACUGGUAUUUGCCCGUAAGUUAAUUUUGAGCGAAAUGUUAGAAAUGUGUUUUUAUUAACAUUUUAAGUAAAGAUAGUUCUGUAAAAUUAGUUUAGGAAGUUUAUUUAGCCUUUGAAUCUUCAAAAUUUUCAAGAGUUAGCUUAUGUUAUAAUAUUUUUCAAUGAUACCUCUUAUGUGGGUUGGAACUUGUCUGAUGUUGACCUUGAAAUCAGUGAACGGAAUUCUAAAUAAAAAAACCCCCUAGCUCUGUCCAUGUUUCUGAUGAAGAUAUUGAUGAAGAUACUCCUCUUGUUGAGCUUCAAUCGAAGAGAACUGAGGAUAUUAGUGCUGGUGUUGUUGAUAAUGGCGCUGUUGUUGAAACCGAUGUUGAUGCUUUGCAUGAGACAUGAUUUGAAAAGUCUCUUUCUUAGGAGGAUUUCAACUGGGGUCUAUGGAGUAGUUUUGAUAAUGACACUGGAAAUGUUCAUGUCACUUGUGCUACGGCAAAAGGCAAAGGAAAGCAGUCUGCGAGUUCAAAUGUUUCCUUUAUGCCCUUGGAUGGGGUGUCUUUCCAUAUCGAGGAGGGUGCUAGUUUGUAGAAAUAUGUGGUGAAGAAAAAUAUUGUUGAUGAAAAGGUACUGUCAGAGUGUACUCGGGAAUGUUUUGAUCUUAUGGAGUUGUUAAUUGAUGUUGGGUUAGAAAGAACAAUAUUGAAUUUGAGAUUUCAUUAUCCCCAACUUGUUUGAGAGUUUAUUGUCAAUCUAACCUCUGAUUUGGUUGAUCUAGCCAGUCUUUAUUUUCAGAAAGUUUAUAUUCGACGUCAAUCGUUUGUUAUAUCUCUUGCCUUAAUCAACCAGUUCUACAUAGGAAUGUGCAUGAACACGUGACAAAAGUGCGUCCAUUUCUAAGGGACUUAAAUGGGAGGUGCUCAUUCUUCAUGGCCUAGAAAGAGUCAGCUGCCUAUAGUCAUGCUUAAUGUAAAGUAUGUCCACAAAAUUGGAAUUGCAAAUAGGUGCACUUCAUCCCAUAAGUUAGGGCUUUCUGUUUCUCUUACUACUUUGAUCUGCUAAAUUAGGACACGAGCUCAGUAACUAUGGGGUAUUUGUUUUGAAUCAAAUAAAGCACCACAUCGGGUCAAAAGCCCUUCGAUUGUCCAUUUGCUACCCAUGGUUGAUUUGUGGCUUUUUAUUAUCCCAUAAACCUGACUUCAUUACAUCCACUGAAUCUAUUGGCUCUCCUAGUCUUUUCAUCAUUCAUCCCAAAUUCUUGUAAGGUCACCAUGUUCCUGAUAUUAAUACUACUAUGACUUCUCAUUUUGAUGGCCCCAACCAAGCUUUAAUUGAUUCUUUAUUUGGCAGUCGUAUUCUUCAACUGUUAUCAAAUGAGUCUCGUGACAUUGAUAACAUGAUAUAAAAACUUAAGGAACGAAAAGCUGAGGUUGAUGAAGUGUUGUAGGUGAUGUAGACUAUUUUGUCCAGGUUUGGUGGGCUUCCUCUUCUCAAAGGUACCGGAUAAUUAAGAGGUAGAAUUAAUCAUUUGGUGAAGAACGAGAUUAAUUUGAAGCAAUUUGGAGUUGAUUUGAGCAUUUGGGCUUCAAAGGAAUCAAAAGGACCAAAAUGUCCCUAUCGGAGUGUCACGACGCUCAAGAUUGGCCCAAGUCUGAUGCUCGUGCAAACUUGGAGGCAGUAGCUUGGAGUGUAGGGGAGCGUUGCAAUGCUGCCCCGAGCGUAACAACGCUUUGAAUGUUCAACAUCGCCAUUGUUGCAAUGCAUCCUGACGCAUCACUCUAACGUUUGGGGACAGAAUGCCCAACAUUGUAAUGUUGCCCAUCAGCGUUGCAGCGCUAUGAUCUUUGACGGAUGUGGAGCGGGACACGCAUGCAAGUGAGCGUUGGACUUCCAGCCUGACGCUCUCCUUCAGUCGCAUCAGCGUUGCAACGUUAUUCCAUGCGUUAUUAUGCUGCCCUGAAUUUUUCUAUAAAAACUCCUCUUAGUUUUAGGUCGAAAUUAUGCUGAAUUUAGGGGGUCAAAUUGAUGGAGGCCGAGGUUAAACUUCAUCCUUCCUCCUUUCCCUUCAAUUUUCAGUAUCUUAAGGUUAGUUUUUCUUCUUCUUUUGGGUUAUAAUCCAUGGAACAAAUGUGUAUCUCAGAUUUAUCUAUGAAUUGAUGAGGUAAAUUCUAUCUA